AUGCCUGUGAAUGCCAUGCCGAGAGCAGGAGGCGGAUCUCUGAGCCCCGCGGCUGUGUCCCGCAGCCUCUCCCGGCUCAGGGAGCUUCGGUCGCGGACUCGCCUCAUGCUGUCGCUUGGUGUGGCGCAGAUGCUGCUCGGGAGUCUCAUCCUGGCUGUGAGCUUUGCCGCUUUAGCCCUCACUACCUCCCCCAAAGUCAGGCAUUCCUGUCCCUUCUGGGCUGGAUUUUCGGUGCUGCUGUCAGGUCUGAUUGGUGUAGUGUCGUGGAAGAGACCCCUCUCCCUGGUGAUUACCUUCUUCAUGCUGCUGUCUGCAGUCUGCGUGAUGUUGAACCUGGCCGGUGCCAUCCUAUCCUGUCAGAAUGCCCAGCUGGUCAACUCUCUGGAGGACUGCCAACUGAUCAAGUUCGACAGUGAUGGGGUGUGUGUUUGCUGUGCGCUUCAGCACCAGAGCUCCAGCUGCAACAACCUGGGAGAGACGCUCAAACUCAACCCGCUGAGGGACUGCAACACCAUACGACUACGCCUGAAGGAGCUGUUGUUUAGCGUGUGUGGAUUGAAUGUCAUCUCCACCAUCGUGUGCGCUCUGGCCACAGCUAUGUGCUGCAUGCAGAUGGUCUCCGCUGAUAUACUGCAGAUGUUCAUGCCACACAGAGCGCGGGCACUGAAUGCCGACUGCCUGACCCCUCGUGGCACCAUCCUUCACCAGACACUGGACUUCGACGAGUUCAUUCCGCCCAUACCCCCUCCACCCUACUACCCUCCAGAAUACACCUGCACCCCCAUGCUGGAUGGACAGAGGGUUUUACAUCUGGAUUUCCCUCACUCCCCAUUCACUGCCAUAUAUGGAGUCCCCAUCAACAGUCCAGGAAUCGUGUAUCCAUCAGAACUGCCACCACCAUACGAGUCAGUGGUGGGUCAGAACCCCUCCAGUCAGAUCAGCACCGGUUUGGAGCAGCAGGCCACAGAAUCAAGCAUGUGUGAGAGAAAUGCAGCAACAGGCCUCAGCGCUCAGGCGUCAGUGGACAGCACGUCGCUGAUGGUCUCCGAAUCGGCAGACGUUCCUGAACAGAGCUGUUCCUCGGAGGACCUGUGCUCUCUGGAGGUGCCGGGCUAUGACAUGUCUCUGUACACAACCCUCUGUACCAGCUGCACCAGCCCGGAUCAGAACGCCCGCUCUCACGCCCGAUCUCGAGCAUGCCUCGCUCAGGCCUCCGUAAAUCUCUCCCUUGAAAAAAUCGAUGCCCCUAAGCAGGACGAAAGCUUAGCCUCGCCUUCCGCCGCCUCAAGAGAGCUGGUCAGUGUGAAGGUCACCUCUCCUGUUCCUUCAGCGCCUGACAUCCAGCCGUGUGCCUCAAACUCUGGAGCCUUAGAGACUACUCAGAAUUCAGUGACGUGCCCAUCUCCUUCGGGGCAAACCCGGGGCACCCGAUUAUGCUUCAGCAUCUGGUCCCCGUCCUCCUUGGUGCCGAAUUCCUCAUCCUCUUCAGCCCACACGCUGAAAGCCAGGAGAUAUCGGAAGCUGGCGAGGAUCGUACGCUCCACCAGCGACCCUGUUUCCUGUAACUCUGUAGCCAGUACGCCUUCGGACGAUGCGGCGCCCCAGUGCGCUAAACACAGCAGUCGUGGAACUAAGAAAAAGAAAGACUGCGAGAAGCCGGACUUGAACCUGAAAGACCGCGCGCUGCACCCCGCCUCCAGCGAGCGCCCCCACUCGCUCGCCGAUCUCCAGACCUACAAAGACACCAAGAUCCUCGUGGCCCGGUUCCUGGAGCACUCCAGCUGCGGCCUCCCUCCUGAAGUACAGCAGGUGGUCAACAGCAUCAAGUGUGUCAUCAAAUCGGACGAGAAACACAUGGAGGAGGCCAUUUUCAGCGCCAGCAUACUGGAUCAGGUGAUGUCACACUCCCAGCGAAUAAGAAGCAGCCUCAGAAAGAACACUCACGAGGAUCUGCAUCUACAAAGCUGCGGGGCGCUGAGUUCCCCGUCCUUACGCCGGUGUGAUAAAUCUCAGGUAUCAGUCCAAGCGGAUCCUAGCGGAAACCCGUGUCACGACCUUCCUUAUCGACCUCGAAGCCUCAUCGGUGUGAGCAGGGAAACGAUACUCUGAUCUCACGGUUCCCCGAGGAUCAGGACUUACGCUCACGGAACUUUCAAAUGUCGUGCCAAGGCUCUCAUCAGCAGGAACCGUAGCACUCAAGCACUCAUAAUGCAUUAAAGUGCAUCUCAGCUCAGCUCAUGUUAAAAAAAAGACUUUAAAACAUCGACGUAUUCGUUCAUUUUCAGGGGGAUUUUUUGGUUAAAUGUUUGCGAGUUGGAGUUUGCUUUUCAGAGCUGUAUUAAAAAAAUUAAAAUAAAUUUGGGGAAACUAUUUAAGUUCUAAAAUAAGACCAGUAAAAACUUUAUUCCUAGCAAAGCUGUGAACCUGAGGACACAUGAUUUUUAACUGGAUGCUCCUGGGAGAUCAUUGUGUGCCACUGCAGGUCAAACAACUCCACGUCGUUGGAUUAGUUAACUUACCUCAAUGUGUUAUUCUUUUCAGUGUUACUAAUAAAAAAAUAUCAAUUUGUAA